GGUGAACAGAACCGAUGAGGUCGAGGUAAAGAAAGAACCUGAGAUAAACGACAACGUUCAAACUCGGAGGGCUGCAAAAAGGUGUUCCCUUGCCAUGCCAGCCCGAGCCCAAGCCCAAGCCCCCCCACAGAUGGCGUCUCCGUCCGCGCCGCCGCCGUCGUCGUCGUGGGUCAUCCUAGGCAGCAUCGCACGUAUCUCUACGCCGGCGGACGGCGCCGACGCCUCCGUCGCGCUCACCGCGCCGCCGCGCGUCUCGAUCGUCACCGUCACCCCGCGAGUCUUCCCGGAUCCACCCACCCCCCACUUCUUCCCCUUCGUCCUCGCCGCCGACCCCUCCGGCCUUCUCCUCCUGCAGGCCAACCUGCACUGCACCCCGACCCGUGAAGUCAUCGACCUCCCUGGCGAAACCGGCUUCACCUGGAAAUACUACACCUCGCGCUACUUUGUGCUCGACGUCACCACCGGCUCGGCGUUCCACCUCCCUGACCCCAAGACCGACAUCCUGCACCAGGCCCUCCUUGGCCUUGUCGUCUCCCCUGCUGGCGGUGGCCACUACAUGGUCGCGGAGCUCCAACCUUUCAUCGGCACCAACACGGCCACGCUCCUCUGCUUCUCUACAGAGGUUGGGGAGUGGGUCGCCAAGCCCGUCCAUUACCCGCUCGAGCCCCGGCCCCGGCCGUGGGCUGCCAUCGGCGUGCUCUCGCUACACGGGAGGCUCUGGUGGGUCGACCUCUCAUGGGGCGUCAUCACCUGCGACCCCUUCGCCGACGACCCGGUUCUGGGCUUCAUCCCGUUCCCUCCGGAGAGGGUGCUCAAGUGUUGGGAAGGUCGGCGAGUCAUCGACAAGUACCGAUGCGUGGGUGUGAGCGCCGGCAAGCUGCGCUUCGUGGACACGUACGCUCGCGGCGGGGGCGCUCGCAAGAUCGCCGUGUGGACGCUGCCUGAUGCAGACUCCAUGGAGUGGACGCUGGAGCACGAGGCGAGGUUUACGGAGAUCUGGGCCCAUCGGAGCUACAAGGCAACCGGGCUGCCCAAGAAGAUCCCCACGCUCGCGCUGAUUCACCCCAAGAACCCCGACGUCGUCUACUUCUUUCUGGAAGAGCACCUCUUCGGCGUUGACGUGCGUGCUCGCAGGGUCGUCGAGUGUGAGGUCUAUGGCCUGGUUGCGCCGCCCAGCAACCGCAUCGCCAGCCGCUUCGUUCGGGCUUGGGAGCUUCCGCCGUCACUCUCCUCAGGGAAUUGGUCUAAUGGCAUCAACUUGGCUGAAGAAUCUUAUGCUCGACCAUACAAGCCAUCUCUAGGGGAUUACCACUUGGUGGGACUUACCAAGCUGUUAUCAAUCGGGUGAAAUGGAGGAGCAACUGGUUACGGCUAACAGUGUCCUAGGUGGUGCUGAAUUCAAGUUCUGGAGUGGCUGCAGUAUAUGUCCUGGUGUCAUUUAUGCUUUGGCAUCUUAGCGCAAAGUAGCUUAACGGAUUUCUUAGUGUAUCAGAUGGUGUCUGAUGGGAAUUCUGUGAAACAUUAUCUGUUACUUAGUUUUCAUCUCCUUAGAUGGAACAACUUGUACUGGAGGUGUAAUUUUGAGGCAUGAUGGAUGGUUCCGGUGAUGGUUUGAACUUCGAAGCUGUGAUUCUCUGCA